CCUCAUCUCAUGGACAUGGAAAAACCCUCUAAACCGGCUUUGCUCAUCAGUAGAAACGGGGAUUUCAAAAAAAAAAUUAAGCUGACCGCUGAUAGUCCUGCGGCUGCUGUCGUGGCCAUCAUCGGCAAUCAAAGUACCGGAAAGAGUACGCUUUUGAAUGAGCUGUUCGGAACUGCCUUUGAAGUGAUGGAUGCUAAGAAGGGAAUGACUAAAACGACAAAGGGAAUUUGGAUGACACAACGCCCAUCACCAAGUGGUGGCCCUCCAGUUCUUGUUAUUGACACAGAGGGUAGUGAUGGCUGUGAUCGAGGGGAGGAUGUCGCAUUUGAGAAACAAACAGCGCUUUUUUCCUUGGCUGUCUCAAACACAGUUAUAAUGAACAUGAGAUGUGACAAUGUUAAUCUUCAUAACGGCGGGGGAUGGCCACUUUUACGAGCUGUAUUCGAGGUGAUGAUGAUUCGAAAAUUUAAUACUUCAAGAAAAGUGAAUCUAGUCUUUGUCCUUCGUGAUAAAAACGAGGUCCCAUUGCACAUGUUGGAAAAGCAGUUGGUGGCCGGACUUAAAAAGAUAUGGGAAGAAACGUUCAAGCCCCAAGCUCUACAGAAAGCUGCACUAAAAGAAUACUUCAAAAUUGAAGUGGUAACAUUGCCUCAUUAUUUGAAGAAGGAGUUCGUUGCUGAGGUGGCUCGCCUUAAAGACCGGAUUAUGCGCUGGGCUACAUCUGAUGAGAAGAUUGCAGCUUCAAAGUUUGUUGGUCGUGCCCGAGAGAUCUGGGGUGAUAUUAAGAAGGACAAGGACCUUGACUUACCACAACACAGGAUCAUGGUUUCUGGAGUACGCUGCGAAGAAAUUGCUGACGAGAAGUAUAAGAGUUUUCGUAAGAAUGAGUCCUGGAUUGAGAUAAAGAAGCAGGUUGAAGAGAGGACUAAGAUAAAGGAGCAGGUUGGAGUGUCUCCUGAACUCGAACUACACUUUGGAAAGAAUGUCAGUUUGAUUUGGAAGAAGUAUUUAUCCAAGUAUGAUGAUGAUACUCAACAUUAUCAUCAAACUGAAAGGGAUAAAUAUAAGCAGCAACUGACUGACAAUUUAUUGAAGGAAAUUGAGCCAAUCUACCAGUCUCUGGUGAACCACAUGUACCAGGCAACUCUACAAAUGUUCAAGGAAGCAGCUCUAGAAGAGAUAAAAAAGACGCAUGACCUGUCUACUCCGCAAGCCAACAAAUUCGUCACUAAAUUCCAGAAUCACCUCGAAGAUGCUGCCAUCAGACCAGCAAACUUGGAUUACAAAAAAAAACUAGUUGCCGAAAUAAAGUCAGAAAUGCAUAAAAUCAUAGAAAGUUUUCAAAAAAUUAAUGAUAUUCUUAAACAGCAACAGAAAGACCGACGAAAAUUCUGGGGAAAAGUUGUGGAGAUUGGGGCUGACAUAUUGACUGUUGCCGUCAACGUAGUUGUAAUGGUUUUGGUACCUGGAAGUGGAGCUGUAGGCGGCUUAACUCCCGCUUUGUGGAUCAUUAAAAAGCUAAUGAAGGGAGAUCAGAGAGGAGCUCAAAAGGCCUUGUUACCGCCAUGACUUCUAUACUGAAAGAAGCAUAACAGAGAAAUGGUUCGAGGACAAAGCUCAUAUCCUGAAUCUGAAUUAAGUUUGCGAAUGGGUUUCUUGUGCCAGGUUUACGACGCUGAUUGCUAUCCGAGAAUGGCCAAGACCAUGUUGUGGCUGUCCAUCCGCUUGAUUUGCUCAGUUUUAAGUACUACUUACUUUUCAAGACAUCGACAUUCUUGAUUUUGACUAGUUUGGGAAGUUAGGCAAUACAGGAGAGUUUGAACUAGCUUUUGCUAUUGUUCAGGCUGUACAUUUAUUUCCUGAUUAUGUCCAUUUGUUCUUCGGUUCAAUGCAAACCACACGAGACAAUUAAAAUUGCAA